GCGCGCGCACUGAGCGCCGCCGCCGCCUCCCCGGCUGCUGCUCCGGCUGCUGCAGGAGGCGGCGCUGGCUGGCGGCGGCGCUCGCUCCAGUCGGCGAGCGGAGCAGCGAGCGAGCGUGUGUGUUUUAAAGAUGGCCGGAGCGGUGGCGGCGGUGGCCGCGGGAGCAGCAGCGGGAGCCGCCGCGGCAGCCGUGUCGGUGGCGGCUCCGGGCCGGGCCUCGGCGCCCCCGCCGCCCCCGCCGGUGUACUGUGUGUGCCGGCAGCCGUACGACGUGAACCGCUUCAUGAUCGAGUGCGAUAUCUGCAAGGACUGGUUCCACGGCAGCUGUGUUGGAGUAGAAGAACAUCAUGCUGUUGACAUUGACUUGUAUCACUGUCCCAACUGUGCAGUUCUACAUGGAUCCUCCUUGAUGAAAAAGAGAAGGAACUGGCACAGGCACGACUACACCGAAAUUGAUGAUGGUUCCAAACCAGUGCAAGCUGGAACUAGGACUUUUGUGAAGGAAUUACGUUCUCGAGUCUUCCCAAGUGCCGAUGAGAUCAUUGUGAAAAUGCACGGCAGCCAGCUGACACAGAGAUAUCUGGAGAAACAUGGAUUUGAGGUCCCUAUCAUGGUCCCCAAGUUAGAUGACCUAGGACUCAGGCUCCCUGCAGUUACGUUUUCUGUUAUGGAUGUGGAACGUCAUGUAGGUGGUGACAAAGUGAUAGAUGUCAUUGAUGUGGCAAGGCAGGCAGACAGCAAAAUGACACUUCACAAUUAUGUUAAAUACUUCAUGAAUCCUAACAGACCAAAAGUGUUAAAUGUGAUCAGCCUUGAAUUUUCAGAUACAAAGAUGUCUGAAUUGGUGGAGGUCCCUGACAUAGCCAGAAAACUUUCCUGGGUGGAAAAUUAUUGGCCAGAUGAUUCAGUCUUUCCCAAGCCAUUUGUUCAGAAAUACUGCUUAAUGGGAGUUCAAGACAGCUACACAGAUUUCCACAUUGACUUUGGUGGAACUUCAGUUUGGUACCAUGUCCUCUGGGGUGAGAAGAUUUUUUAUUUGAUAAAGCCAACAGAUGAAAAUUUGGCACUCUAUGAGUCUUGGAGUUCAUCUGUGACCCAGAGUGAGGUGUUCUUUGGAGAUAAGGUGGAUAAAUGCUACAAAUGUGUGGUAAAGCAGGGACAUACCUUAUUUGUUCCUACAGGGUGGAUUCAUGCUGUGCUCACUUCUCAGGACUGUAUGGCUUUUGGGGGGAACUUUCUGCACAACCUUAACAUUGGCAUGCAGCUCAGGUGUUAUGAGAUGGAAAAAAGGCUAAAAACACCAGAUCUUUUCAAAUUCCCUUUCUUUGAAGCCAUAUGUUGGUUUGUAGCCAAAAACUUGCUGGAAACCCUGAAAGAACUGAGAGAAGAUGGUUUCCAGCCUCAGACUUACCUAGUACAGGGCGUGAAAGCACUGCAUACCGCUUUAAAAUUGUGGAUGAAAAAAGAACUUGUAUCUGAACAUGCCUUUGAAAUCCCAGACAAUGUUAGACCUGGACAUCUUAUUAAAGAACUUUCUAAAGUAAUUCGAGCAAUAGAGGAGGAAAACAGCAAGCCAGUUAAAUCUCAGGGAAUUCCUACUGUGUGUCCAGCCUCACGAUCCUCAAAUGAAGCAACUUCCCCAUACCAUUCCCGACGAAGGAUGAGGAAACUUCGAGAUCAUAAUGUCCGAACUCCUUCUAACCUAGACAUCCUAGAGCUCCACACAAGGGAGGUGCUCAGAAGAUUAGAGAUGUGUCCUUGGGAAGAGGACAUCUUGAGCUCUAAACUGAAUGGUAAAUUCAAUAAACAUCUCCAGCCAUCUUCUACUGUACCCGAAUGGAGAGCAAAAGAUAAUGAUCUACGAUUACUGCUGACAAAUGGAAGGAUAAUUAAAGACGAAAGACACCCCUUCGCAGAUCAGAGUCUUUAUACAGUAGACAGUGAAAAUGAAGAGGAUAAGAGAAGGACAAAAAAGGCAAAAAUGAAGAUAGAAGAGAGUUCAGAAAUAGAGGCAGUGGAGAAUGAAGAAUCUCAGAAACCCCUUAACAGGUUUUUUACAAGUGUGAAGUCAGAACUCAGGAAUCGAUCAUCAGAAUAUUCUGAUAUUUCUGAUUCAGAAGACUCUGGACCUGAUUGCACUGCGCUGAAAAAUAAUUUUAUCACUGAAGAGUCUGAAAGUUCAGGUGAUGAAAAGAAACAAAAAAUAACAUCAAACUUUAAGGAGGAAUCUAAUGUGAUGAGGAACUUUCUUCAAAAGAGCCAGAAAACAUCUAGAAGUGAAAUUCCAGUUAAAAGGGAAUGUCCUACCUCGACGAGCACAGAGGAAGAAGCGAUUCAGGGCAUGCUCUCUAUGGCAGGGUUGCACUAUUCCACAUGUUUACAAAGGCAGGUACAAAGCGCAGGCUGCAGCAGUGAAAGAAACUCUCUCCAGGAUCCCAGCAGCUGUCAUAGCAGUAACCACGAGGUUAGGCAGCUGUACCGCUACGAUAAACCAGUGGAAUGUGGAUACCAUGUCAAGACUGAAGAUCAGGACUUGAGGCGUUCCUCCUGGAUUAAACAAUUUGAUACAACUUCCAGAUUUAAUCUUCAGGAUCCAAGUAGAGGCCAUAAAUACAUCAAAAAGGAAGGUUCAUCAGAAAUCAGUCAAAAGCUACAAAGUAGGAAUUCUGUGGACAGCAGUGGCUCAAGCCCUCAGAAUGGAAAGUACAUGCAGAAUUCAAGCUUGGUUUCAGGGGCAUGCCAGAUAAGUAAUGGCAGUGUAAGCCCAGAAAGGCCAGUUGGUGAAACUUCCUUUUCAGUGCCCCUUCACCCCACCAAGAGACCUGCAUCAAACCCACCACCUAUCAGCAACCAGGCAACAAAAGGUAAACGUCCAAAAAAAGGAAUGGCAACAGCCAAACAACGCCUUGGGAAGAUCCUUAAGUUGAACAGAAAUGGCCAUGCGCGUUUCUUUGUGUGACGGAGCUGCUGUUGGUAUCACUCUUCCCUUUGGAGACCAGUCUCGGGGGUGUGGGAGCCUGGAGCUUCCGCCGUGCAUGUCCAGUGAAGAACACUGCCUGGAGAACAAAAUGAACCUGAUGCUGCAUUUUCACUGUGCCACACCCACUCAGCAAUAACCAUUUUGGACCUGGUGGGGGAGAGGAAGAAGGAGGGUAGAACCUUAAACGGAGACCUUGAACUGAAAAGGGUCUCUUGUCAGGGCUUGAAUUUCAUUUUGUUGUUGGUAGUGUCUUGAUUUAUUUUCAGUGGUAAAGAAUUAUCAAUAAUUUAUUUAACAGAUUUUUUUAAAAGUUAACAGCUUUUAAAUUCUUUCUUUUUUAAAGCUAUUUAUUUGGAAGAUUUCUGGAGAAAUAUCUCACUAAUUUAGAUUUAAGAAUGUGAAGGUUUUUAAAUUAUUUUUGAUAGUGUGUGUGUUACAUGUGGGGAAGAGCCACAGUAACAGUAACUAGUCUGGACUCUUAAAUUUGAUAUUCAGGUUAAAGUCUUAAACAGGGAUUUGAUGCAUUAAUUAUUUUAAAUUAAGAUGUAUAUGGAAAUCAUUUUAUUUUAUAUAUUUCAUGUUUUUUAUAAGCUAUUAGCUUCGCUUUUGCUAACAUCCAAGGUGCAUACUGUUAUCCAGGUUGAUGACCUUAUAUCCCACCUUCCCCCUCUGCACUCCCGACUUUUGUGAUGACACAACAAGACUCUUCUCUUUGCAGGGAAACACUUUCAUAGCUGAUGUGUUAGACCUACAUAUAAAAGACCCCACAUUUCUCAUUUCGUUUGACAUGGCAUUUUUUCCCCUAAAUAUAACAAAGGCUUCUUGCAUUUUCAUUUUUGCUGAUGACCUGGGUUCCAAAGAGAACAGCUUUAAUAUCUUUUUCCUAUGUGUGGGAAAAGUAUUAUAAGUUUGGUUAAAUUGUCAUAUUUCUAGUUUUUCAAAUGCAUUUGUAACUACAGAGGGCCUUCAUACUGCCGGUGUUGGAGGGCAGGACCAACACCUGCCACAAAGGCUAUAUUUUAUGACGCUUUAUUCUGUGUACCUAAUUUGUUGGGAAAUAAGAUUUGACUUAGUUGUUCAACUCUGCAUAAUAAGCCGUAAUAUAAUAGGACUAUACUAUAUUAAUUGUGUAGAAGCAAGCAUGUUGGAGUAGACCUUUUGCAAGGUGUGUGUGUG